AUGACGAAAGGAUCAUCAUCCUUUGGAAAGCAUUGCAAUAAGAUGCACAUGGUGUGCCACUGCUGUGGCUCUAAGGCCUACCACCUUCAGAAGUUGACCUGUGGUAAAUGUGGCUACCCCACCAAGUACAAGAGAAAGUAUAACUGGAGUGCCAAGCCUAAGAGACAAAAUACUACCAGGACUGGGCGGAUGAGGCACCUAAAUAUUGUCUAUCAAAGAUUCAGACAUGGAUUCCAUGAAGGGACAACACCUAAAUCCAAGAGGGUAGCUGUUGCAGCAUCUAGUUCAUCUUGAGGAAUUUCAGUCA